AUCAUCCAUACAUAAUCUAAGUGCAACUCACUGUUCUUCGUGACUAACUCUCCACUAUAACUUCCCCACGUCCACCACGGCCAUUCUCCUCCUCGCGGGGCAAAAACGACCCUUCGCUUCAUCCAAAGGGCACGGUGCUUAGACGUACGUAGUAGCCACGGCGUCAUCAUAUUAUUCACUCUAGCUAUGAUAUGAUAAACAAUCUACAUGCCACUACUGCUGUAUAACCCCACCCGUCUCCCAUGCCUCCUCUCCGUUUCGUUCUUUUCUCUCCUUCGAAUUUAAAGUGCGAACGACAUUUGGGAUUUGUAUAUGAUCAUGAGCUGCAACGGGUGCCGAGUUUUGCGGAAAGGGUGCAGUGACACCUGCAUACUAAGGCCGUGCCUCGAGCGGAUUACCGACGGCCCGCAGGCGCAGGCCCAUGCCACCCUCUUCGUCGCCAAGUUCUUCGGCCGCGCCUCCCUCCUCUCCCUCCUCUCCACCGUCCCCUCCCCGAGCCGUCCUGCUCUGUUCCGGUCGCUGCUGUACGAGGCAUGCGGCCGCACAAUCAAUCCGGUGAACGGGGCCUCCGGGCUGCUGUGGACGGGUAACUGGGACCGGUGCCAGGCCGCGGUCGACACAGUUCUCUGCCGCGGAGCUCUCCGUCCUCUGCCGGACAUUGGUGCGACCGCUGCUGAUAUGGGGGACCUCUACGGGUGGUGCCGCUCGGCCGAGAAGAAGCGAUCAGAGCUCACCGACGAUUCGUGCGAUCUGGAGCUGUACCUGAUGCAGCCAAGGAUGCCUCGACUUCGUGGCGACGGCGAGGAGGUUCUGUCAUCAGAAGGGUCGGUGACGACGGCCGAUGAGGGAUGCGACGGGGCAGCAGUGGAGCAACGAGUGCUUCUCAACCUUUUCUCGUGAGACUGUCUGAUUCACCGUCCAUUCUGCGUUGUCGCUCUCUCUAAUCUUAAGUUGACUAUAGAAGACUUUCCAUAAAAUCUCUGUUAUUUACUAACGGCGGGAAAGUAUGUAAUUACAGUACACUAUAAUUAUCCCUUUGUUAACAAAAUCUUUUUAUUUUGACCA